AGCAGCUAGAUGAGUAAGACAACAUGAGCCUAUAAAGUAGGGUGCAAGACCACACGAGCGAAGAGUAUCUUGCCUUGUGCGUAUCUUGCUGAAAGUAGGCUGCACCUCUGCUCUCCCGGGCUUCUCCGGUUCAACCAUGGACAAGAUGCUCCACUCAGCCCCGAUCCACACCAACCUCCCGGACUGCUUCGUCUUCCCAGCCGACAAGCGCCCACCGGCGACCGCCGCCGUCGUCUCCCUGCCCAUCAUCGACCUGUCCCGCAGCCGCGACGAGGUCCGCCGUGCUAUCCUCGACGCCGGCAAGGAGAUCGGCUUCUUCCAGGUGGUCAACCAUGGCGUCUCUGAGCAGGCGAUGCAGGACAUGGAGGCCGUGUGCCAGGAGUUCUUCCAGCUGCCGGCGGCGGAGAAGGCGGAGCUCUACUCGGAAGACACCCAGAAGGCCACCCGGAUCUACUCCAGCACCAUGUUCGAGACCGGCGGCGAGAGGUACUGGCGAGACUGCCUCCGCCUUGCUUGCUCCUUCCCCGUCGCCGACAGCCCCAUGGCAUGGCCGGACAAGCCCCAGAGGCUCCGGGAGGUUGUUGAGAAGUUCACCGUGCAGACGAGGGGCAUGGGGAUGGAGAUACUGCGGCUGCUGUGCGAGGGCCUGGGGCUCCGGCACGACUACCUGGAGGGUGACAUCAGCGGCGGCGACGUGGUCCUCCACGUCAACCACUACCCGCCGUGCCCGGACCCGAGCACGACGCUCGGCCUGCCGCCGCACUGCGACAGGAACCUCCUCACCUUGCUCCUCCCAAGCAUGGUCCCUGGCCUCGAGGUCGCCUACUAUGGCGACUGGAUCAAGGUCCAGCCCGUGCCCAACGCCUUCGUCGUCAACUUCGGCUGCCAACUUGAGGUUGUGACCAAUGGGCUUUUGAAGAGUAUAGAACACCGUGUGGUGACCAACUUGGGGGUGGCGAGGACGACCGUGGCGACGUUCAUCAUGCCCACCACAGACUGCCUUAUCGGCCCCGCGGAGGAGUUCCUCAGCGAGGACAACCCGCCGUGCUACCGCACCCUCACGUUCGGCGAGUUCAAGCGCAUCUAUAGUGUUGUCAAACUAGGGUCGUCGCUCAAUCUCACCACGAACCUCAAGAACGUUCAGAAGGAGACAUGAAGCAAGAGCACAAGUGAUUCAGGAUGUUGUCGAUCUUUUAUCCGUUCCCAAUUCCCAUGUGUCUGCAGAGGACAUGGAUCUCAGUUACAUGCUGCUGCUGGGAGCGUAAUGUGCACUUCAGCACUUGUCCUGUUAUGACAAUAAAAAUGACAAAUAAGUGACUGUAUACAUGAGAGGGAGAUAUAUGUGCAUGGCUUGUUCUUGCAAAAAAAAAAA